GCGGUCCUGCAGAACGGAGCCGGAGCCGUGCCGCUGAGUGGGCCAGGAGAUCCUGAGAGGCUGACCACCCUCCCAGCAGGCAGGGGGCCCCCAGGUGGCAGCUGCAGCCGGCCCCCCACUGAACAGGGCUCCUCCAGGAGCCAACGUCCAGGCCGUCCCCAUGGCAGCUUUCCUUUCUGCUGGCCUCGGGGUACUUGCGUCCUCAGAGCCCUACACCCUGCCCAUGACCAGCUCCAGCUGGGAGCCCCGGCUGGACUCCCCAUUCCCGUUGGGCCCUUCGACCGGCUCUGCAGGGACCCAAGUCGUGGCCGAGCCCAGCAAGCAGGGACCCAAGAACCCACGUGUGUCCAGCGUGACAGUUCAGCUGGAGAUGAAGGCUCUGUGGGAGGAAUUCAACCAGCUGGGCACAGAGAUGAUUGUCACCAAGGCAGGCAGGCGGAUGUUUCCCACCUUCCAGGUGAAGAUCCUGGGCAUGGACACGUUGGCUGACUAUGCCUUGCUCAUGGACUUCGUGCCUCUGGAUGACAAAAGAUACAGGUACGCCUUUCACAGCUCAGCCUGGCUGGUGGCAGGCAAAGCAGACCCGGUCACACCCGGUCGUGUGCACUUCCACCCGGACUCGCCGGCCAAGGGCGCGCAGUGGAUGCGCCAGAUUGUGUCCUUCGACAAGCUCAAGCUGACCAACAACCUGCUGGAUGACAACGGCCACAUCAUUCUCAACUCCAUGCACCGCUACCAGCCCCGAUUCCACGUGGUCUUUGUGGACCCGCGCAAGGACAGUGAGCGCUACGCCCAGGAGAACUUCAAGUCCUUCAUCUUCACGGAGACCCAGUUCACGGCCGUGACAGCCUAUCAGAACCACCGGAUCACCCAGCUGAAAAUUGCCAGCAACCCUUUUGCCAAGGGCUUUAGGGAGACUGACUCGGACUCCUGGACUGUAUCUCCACGAGCCCUGCUCAGCAUCGCCGCCCGGAGUCACAGCAGCCUCCGCCCCUGCCUGCUGAAGGGCCCUGCAGAGCAGGAAAAAGACCCCAACAAAGCUCCAGCCUCCAACUCCAGGACAUCUGCCCAGGUGCACCAUCAGCUGCUGUCCCCCACUGAUACUCUGCUGGCCCCAGCCACCUACCAGCCCCUCAACUACCAGGGCCUGUACCCUGGAGCCUCAAGUCCCCUCAGAAUCCCAAGGGCCCGACCCACACCGUAUCCCCUCCCGAAUAUUCAGGCCGGCAGAGAUCAGGAAGGCCUGCCCCUCCCAGCUAGGCUGGGGCUCCUGUCCCCCACCGCCGUGUGCUUGGGGCCUGUCCAGGACCCUCAGUGAUGAUGAGGGCCCUGUGGACGGACUCGUCUUGCCCCGAAUGUUACCCCCUCCAGCCUUGCCUCUACAGAGGCCCUGUCCCCUUCCAAGGAGAGCAGGGCAGGUGGAAGCCCAGAGAGGAAGGCUACCUGCCCAGAAUCGCAGCAAGGCUGAGAAGGUGCCAGGCUUGGAACCAGCCGCCUCCUCCCCUCAACCUGUCCCCUUCUGCCUUGAGGGGUGACUCGGCCAAGCCCUGCUUCACCUCUCCCUUUCCCCCAACAUUAAACUAU